AUGGAAACUCACGAAAGGAUCCUUGAUUGUGGCGAGAGGGCAGAAGUGUUCCUUGUGAUGAACGUGAAGAUUGCAGAUCCUAUGAUAAAUGCGGUGGAUGACGAAUGCAUUGUAGAACUUUGGCACAGCCGACUUAGCCACAUGAGCGAGAAGGGCUUGACAUAUUUGGCCAAGAAGAAUCUCCUUCCAGGUGUGCGAACGGAUUUUCUAAAGAAGUGUGCUCAUUGCUUGGCAGGGAAGCAAACCAGAGUUGCCUUCAAGAGAGUUCCCCACUCAUGCAAAAUGGGUAUUUUGGAUAUGGUCCACUCUGAUGUAUGUGGUCCAAUGAAGACGAGAACACUUGGAAGAUGCUUGGAUAUAAAUUAG